ACACGAGUGGGUAUGGGUGGUGUUAUGGUGAUGGUGUCGUUGCGUUAUUUAUAUGCACUCAAUAAAUUCUUAUCUCUGUCGAAGGAAUAGUUCUUUUGAAUCUCUCCCUUGCUUCUUCUUCGACUGAAUCUCGUAGCGCUCUCAAGAACACGAGGUCACGAGCAAUAACACACUCCCUGGAAAACUCACUAAAUUCAGCAUCAUAUCGCCGUCAAAACUCGAAGUUAGUUUGAGAUGGAGGAGGACUGGUGUUCGAUCAAGGAUGAUGCAACUCAAUUGAUUGGUAACACCCCAAUGGUAUAUCUAAACAACAUUGUAGAUGGUUGCGUUGCCCGUAUCGCAGCUAAGCUAGAGAUGAUGCAGCCUUGUUCUAGUGUUAAGGAGCGAAUUGCUUAUGGUAUGAUUAAAGAUGCAGAAGACAAGGGAUUGAUUACUCCCGGGAAGAGCACACUGAUUGAGGCUACCUCUGGUAACACCGGGAUCGGCUUAGCCUUUAUCGGGGCAGCUAAAGGUUACAAAGUGGUGCUCACAAUGCCUGCGACCAUGAGCCUUGAAAGAAAGAUCAUUCUUUUAGCAUUAGGUGCAGAGGUGCACCUUACAGAUCCGAGUAAAGGCGUUCAAGGAAUAAUGGACAAAGCUGAAGAGAUAUUAAGCAUAACUCCAGAUGGUAUCAUGCUUGAACAAUUCAAAAACCCUUCAAACCCGCAAACUCAUUAUCAAACCACGGGUCCGGAGAUUUGGAGAGACUCUGCAGGGGAAGUAGAUAUAUUGGUUGCUGGUGUUGGGACUGGUGGAACGCUUUCCGGAUCAGGAAGAUUCCUCAAGGAGAAGAGUAAAGACUUCAAGGUUUACGGGGUGGAACCUUCAGAAAGUCCAGUAAUCAGUGGAGGCAAACCGGGUACACAUUUGAUCCAAGGUAUUGGUGCUGGAGUCAUCCCAGACAAUUUGGAUUUGAACGUUCUUGAUGAAGUCAUUCAGGUGACAAGCGUGGAGGCAAUUGAAACAGCCAAACUACUUGCCCUGAAAGAAGGAUUACUGGUGGGAAUAUCUUCCGGAGCAGCUGCAGCAGCAGCGAUAAAGGUGGCAAAGCGGCCAGAAAACGCUGGGAAACUCAUAGUUGUGAUUUUCCCCAGCGGCGGGGAACGUUACUUAUCGACUUCACUGUUUGAAUCGGUCAGACGUGAAGCAGAGAAUUUGCCAAUUCAUUAAGAUGCUACCUUUCGGUUUGUUUCGAUGUUUUUUUUUCACAAACCAUAUUAACUAACACUAGACAAUUUGGGUUGAGGAUUGUGGAAGAGGAAGAAGAUCAGAGGACAAGAGACUAUAAGCGAACACAUGAUGGAUUUUACCUUUGAGACAAGUGUAACUCCUGAGCAGACCUUCUCUUUGAAAACCAAUCUUCUCAACAACUCUUUGGGAUGCUUUGUUUUGAGUUUGAACAAAAGCUUGAAGCCUCAAAACAUGAGGCAUGUCAUUGAACACUUGUGAUACUGCAACUGACACUGCCCUAGUGCCCUUGUUGUUAUUCCCUUUCCCCAA